AUGGGACCUGACCCGCAGGACCUGGACAAUCCCGAUGCCACCAAGAUAUCUUUGCCAAAACAUGGUUUUACUGACGAAAGACUCGUACUUCGAAAGAGUCUGAUAUACUGUGCAGAAUGGACUCUGACAAACGACCAUACUGUUAUCGGACCCCUUCGAAGCCAACUCCGAGAACACUUGACCAAUCAAGGAGCUGCAGAGGAUGGCGUUUCACGGUGGGAUAGCUAUGGUAUGGAAAUGGUGUCGCCGGUUUUCGAACUCAAGAGGAAAUCGGAAGCUUUGGCUCAAGUUGAAGAAUACCUAGGAGCUCUAAUCUCAAAGGAGACUACAACACUCGAAUCUAGCGCUCGGUAUUUACGAAAGCAAUUAACACCGCAAUCCACACAACAACCGGCCACACCGAUCAAAGACGCCAUAUUCGAACAAGACGGAAGCAUCUUUGAUCUGGUGGCGCUCCUGCAACGCACCAAUGAACGCGGCAGUCCAUAG